AAAGGAAGUUGAGCUUAUCAACCACAUGCUAACUGUCAGUGUCAUGGUCCCCUAGUCCUCCUAAACUUCCUGCUCCAAGUUUAGUUUUUCUCCCUAUCUCUUUCUCUUCUGUGCAUGUGUGUCUGUCUAAGGGCGGGACCCACUACAGGUUCCUGCCUCUGGCUGAACGCACCUGCAGCAACCUGCCACCCACAUCAUCUCAUCAUGUUUCUGUUGUCAGUAGCAGUGACAGACUUUCAGGCUCAGUGUGAGGAUGGGGCUCACUGUGCUCAGUGUGCUGUCCUUAUUCUUGCUGAAUAUUACCCUCUGCUGUGGAGACGCUCAAGAUGCUGAGCUGAGCCUUAAACCAAACGUGUCCCAUUUAUUUGCUGGAGAGUCUGUAACCUUCAUCUGUGACAUGAGAGAGGGAAAUGCCACUGACUGGCUUUACAAAUUCAACUGGAAUGAUCAAGAAAUGGUCCACUUCAGUAAAAGUAGCUCCUACUCACUUUACCUGACAGCAGAGCUGAGUGGGAAUUAUCAAUGUAUUGGUCGCCGCAAUGGCUUGACAGAUUUUAUAAAACAGAGUAAUAACCUGACUCUGUCCAUAUCAGCACUCAGACCCACGGCGACUAUAACAGCAGACAAGACAACUAUUCCAGUGGGGGGCUCGGUGACACUGACCUGCUCUGUUCAGGGCUCUGCUGGUUGGACGUAUGAUUGGUUCAGACAAAUCCCAGAUUCUCGUGAAGUAGUAAUUGAUACGAACAGUUUGCAGAACUUCAUUAGUGUCUCAGACGAAGGCAUCUAUCGAUGCAGAGGAAGAAGAGGAAACCCAGUUUUCUUCACAAACCUCAGCAAAGUGUAUCACAGUCAGAAAACAUUGUCCAACAGGGCCUUUGUGACUCUGCAACAGAACUGGACUCAGAUAUUCAGCGGUGAGAUGAUCACCAUCAAAUGUGAGAUCCAAGGAGGAGAAAACACUGAGUGGCAGUAUGAAUGGAGAACAACAAGCUCAAAAACACCUCCCACACACAGUGAAUACAACAUCAGCAGGGCUUCAUUUUCCUACAGCGGGCAAUAUUGGUGUAAGGGUAGAAGAGACUUGUACUUCUCAACAGCUUGGAGUGAUGCUUUUACACUAAAAGUCUCAAACAAACCCAGACCCACAAUUACUGCUGAUAGGAGAACAAUACCAGCUGGAGGCAAUGCAACACUCAGCUGCUCUGUGGGGAGCUACAAUGAGUGGAAAUACUUCUGGUUCAGACGUGCCUCAGUCUUUACAGAAAUUCAGGUGAUUAGAAACAAAGAACCAGAUCAAAUGAUCACUGUCACACAGGGAGGCAUCUACUACUGCAAGGGAGGGAGAGGAAACCCUGUUUUCUUCACAGAGGACAGUGAUCCAAUCACUAUUGAAAAAAGAGUUUCCAACAAAGCAGUUGUCUCCCUGGAGCCCAGCUGGCCUCUGAUAUUCAGUGGUGAGAAGAUCACUGUUAGAUGUCAGAUUUCUUUAGGUGGAAGCACUGAGUGGGAGUAUGAGUGGAGCAAACCCGACUCAAGCACAGGUCUGGCAAAUAAUGCAUCCAUCAAUCUUAAUGCAUCUGUGAUCAGCAGUGGAAGCUACAGGUGUAUGGGUAAAAACAAACAGGAGCUGUAUUCUGUGACAGAGUGGAGUGAUGUCAUCACACUGACAGUCUCUGGAAACAGACCAAAGUCCAGCAUCAGUGCUGACAACAGAGUCUUUCUAGAAGGUGAUACAGUCACCCUGACCUGCUCUGUGACACCAUCUACUCCUGGUUGGAGUUACUACUGGUACAGAGGCAAGAAAACCUCAGAACCACUGACGAUGGCAGAAGUUGUUCUCCACUCUGAUGGACAAAUCGGUGUAUCACAGGAAGGAGACUAUUGGUGCAGAGGAGGACGAGGCAGCCCAGUUUACUACACAGACUACAGUGAUGUGAUCAGUAUUAAGAAAACUGUUAGAAACAGGCCUGCUGUGACUCUGCAUCCAAACUGGCCUGAGGUAUACAGCGGAGAGACAAUCACUUUGAAAUGUGAGAUCCCAGGAGAAGACACUGAGUGGGAUUAUGAGUGGGCAACAAGCAGCUCACAUCAACCUCCAAACCAAAAUGAAUACAAGAUUAACUCUGUUUCUACAUCACACCGUGGGCACUACUGGUGUAAGGGCAGGAUGAGAAGUGCACAACAGAAUUCAACAAUGUGGAGUGCAUCCUUUCAACUAAAGAUAGUUUAUGAACGUCGUCCUGUCCUCACUGUGUCUCCAUCAUGGCUGAGUCCUGGAGCCUCAGUAACUCUGAACUGUGAGGUUGAACAUCCGUCUGCAGGAUGGAGCUUCUACUGGUAUAAAGCUGUUCAUGAUCUGAAAACAUACAGCUAUGAAUAUUACAUUUAUGAGCUGCUACCUGAUGGCAGUGGGACUGCACAGGACUCCUACAUCAUUCAUGGACAGACACACACAGCAGGAUAUGUGUGCAGAGCUGGAAGAGGAGACCCAGAGUAUCACACUGAUCACAGUCAACCAAAGUUUGUCUGGUCUGCAGAUUUAAAUUCAGCAGCCUCUCUCACAGUCAGUCCUAACAGUGUGCAGCACUUCAUCCAUGAUUCAGUAACUCUGAAUUGUUCUGGAAACUCUUCUCAGUGGAGAGUGAUGAUAUUUACUCAGCACACCUACCGGAGAAAACUCCGGAAAUGUGGAUACUGGGGGACAGAGACCGAAUCCACAUGCAACAUAGAUCUUUACUGGUUCCACCGGUAUCAAGAUGCUGUGUCCUGGUGUGAGUCUGAAUCAGGACAGUUCAGCAAUGGAAUCAACAUCACUGCACAUGAUGAGCCAACAAACUCAUAUUCCAUAGUCACUAAAGCACCUUAA